AUGAACCAGGGAGCGGGAAAGCAGCAUCAUGGUCUUGACCACAUAAUCACGCCGUGCCGGACGGAACAUGGAGCUCGUGAAGAAUCGAAGGAAGAAGAAAAGGCUGAACGAGGAAAGGAGAAAGGAAACAGUCUCAAACAAAAGAAGAGAGAAGAAGAAGAAGAAAAUCUCAACCACAUCGAUGUGGUUGUAUCGCUCGCGGUCUUAUCAUCGCCAUAA